AUGUCAUUUCUUUGGAUUGCAUUGCUCCAUCUCAUGGUUGCUGUGAUGGGCCAUGAAAGCGACGGUGGUGAUGAGCCACCACAUCCGUUCGGUGGAGGUUUUGAUGAUCACCAGAACGAUGUGGUGCCUCCGAGACGAAGAGACAUGGUGGUAAAUAAACAAAUGCACAAAUUAUUUAAAGUUAAUGGUGAGUGGCCUCUGAAGAUAGUAUUCGACAUAAAUACUAACAUGUCGAUUGGGGAGGUGUAUGAAUGUUUCAUUCGGGAUGUUGGGAGCUAUAUGUGGUGGGACAUCGCUUUUGAUAAGGACACAUGGACUAAUGUUUUUGAAGCCGAAAGGACAUGGUUUGAUUUCGGAGCGAUUACAAAUCAUCCCAUGGCUCCAACUUAUUGGGCAUCACUGAACAAUCGGAUAUGGGAUGUGGAGGCAUUAAGGGCUCAAGCCCAUACGGGGGAAUUUGUUGAUCCUUUGGUUGAAGACCAAUAUAAUGUCUUAGUUGCUGAGGUUGCUCUACAGACUCAUCAUAUAGCCGACUCUGGUGGUGAUCUAGACACUAUUGAUUGGAUCGCAAUAUUUGAGAAGGUGUUGGGUACACGAAAGGGGCGUGUGAGAGGCAUUGGACCUAAAGCUUCUUCAGCUGCGGGUACAAGUGCUCCAUCCCAAUGGCAGUCACAAGCACCGCAACCAACACAGGAUGUUGAUGUGAAUGCUUUUCUUCAAAACCCGACAUUUGUGACGGUCAUUGGAGACAUUAUCCGCUCCUUUAAAAACAAAGUCAACAACGAGGAAAAAAUGAUGGGGAAGACGAAAACGAAGAAACAUAGUAUUUCUUGUUUUAUGUUACGGAUGAUGUUAUUUUGGAUUUAUUAG